AUGGGAUUGACGAGCUGCUCUCUAUGCCGCUGGUGGAGGAGCACUGAUGAAACGGUCGAACGGUUCAACUGUGGUGACUUAACUGGGGUUGGAGGUUGGAUCGUUAGGUCAGCAACCUACAUCUGUGAAAAAUUUCAAAACGCUAAAAAACCCAAUAAAAAUAAGCCUCGGAUAUCGGACUGGAAUUUUGGUAAACGACCACAGCAGCGAAAAUGGACAGUUAAUUUUGCAACAUGGAAUAUUCAAGGAAUACGCAAUAAACAACAGGAAAUUAUACAAGAAUGUUUGAAACGGAAAAUAGAUUUUAUAGUUCUCUCGGAGACUAAAAAGAAAGGAAAUGGAACGGAAAAUCUAAGAGAAUAUGUAUACUUCUAUUCUGGAGUCAGUAAAGACCAACGAGCAAGAGCCAGAGUGUCCAUAUUUUUACAUAGAAAAUACCAAAAUAAGAUAAAAUCUUGGGAGCCCAUAAAUGAAAGACUAAUGAAGAUGACAUUGCAUAUGAGAGGAAGGAACAUCACUAUAAUUGGAAUAUAUGCUUUGAAUGAAGACGCAACCGUUGAAGCAAAGGACAACUUCGAAGAAUGUUUAAGGGAAACCAUUGAUGAUGUCCCGAAUAGUCAUGAGCUAGUUAUAGCGGGCGAUCUGAAUGCUCGAGUGGGAAAACGACGGAACAGCAGAGUUGUGGGAAUGCAUGGAGAAGGUACACUUAAUAACAAUGGAGAGCGACUGAUAAGUCUGUGCGAAGAACAUGAAUUAAAGAUAAUGAACACAUUUUUCGCCCACAAGGAUAUACAUAAAUACACCUGGUAUCAGCAUACACGUGGAUUGAGAUCUAUAAUUGACUUCAUCAUACUGAAGCACAAAUCAGGCCUAAAGGUUAGUGAUGUAAGAGUUCAAAGAGGUGCAGAAUGUGAGUCAGAUCACAAUCUGGUGGUAGCCAAGAUCUAUAUACCCUUUAUUGCAAUGACUGCAAGAAGAACGGAAUCAGAAAUAGGCACGGUUGAAAAUGUGAAAUUGGAGCGAAAGUUGGUAAUAAUGGAGAGGUCCACUGAAGAUGAGUACCAGCACAUAAAGAAUUGUAUGAAGGAAGCCGCUGAAGAGGCCCUGGGAAGAAGAAUAAAAAGAUCGAAUAAGCCAUUCUGGUGGGAUUCUGAUAUAGAGGAAAAAAUUAAAAGAAAAAAGAAAUUCACCUUCAAUUCCUUCAAACAAAAAACUGUGGCAUCAGAGAUGAAUAUAGGAGGAUAA